AUGGAAAAAGAUGAAGACUGGUGUUUCAUCUCUGCUUCCAAUUCGUCUACGAAUUUUCCGUUCCUCAACCCAGUGGAUCCGUGGGCAUGGUGUAUAGAGGAGAGGGAAGGCUGCGCUUUGAAAUACACCACUGUUGCUGCUCCUAGGAAAUCGUUGAAAAAGCCAGGACUGGAGUUCCUCAAGAAACUCUGCGUGCCACCGUCGAUGAGUCUUCGAUCUAUUAGUACAGGAGACGGUUAUAUACAUAUGAUGACCAUGCGUUCAUUCUGUUGA